UGGGCGUUCACUGAAUGUCAGUGAAGUUGUUUCGCGUGUUUUGAAAUGGGAAGUUUGUUUGUUUGUGCUCUGUCUGUGCGAUCAAUCAUUCUUGAACGUAGGUGUGUGGAUUAUGGAUGUUAUUCCCAUGUGCAGUAUUUUUCAAGAGCUACAGAGCGUCCUUGAUACGGGAUACCUGUCAGCAUUACCAUCUUUAGAAGACUACUGGCAGCAGACAUGUUUUGAGCUUGAGCGCUAUCUGCAGAACGAGCCCUACAUCUCCGCAGAAGAUCUGAGAUCAGUGUGUGAGUCUGACGAUUUCUGGAAUCAGUUUCUGCGAUGCUGUGAGACAACUGGAGGGAACGCAUCAACACAGAGAGACGUCAUCGACCCACCGCCUCACCCGAAACCUGAAGAAGGUUUUACCAGCGACAGCUGCCAGAUCUUUCCAUCUGCUGGUGUUCAUACAGUAACAUACACACUGGACCCCAGCGCAUCUGAGCAUGAACAGGCGGUCACUCGCACGCCCCCAACGCCGCCCUGCUCUCCUCUGUCUCCUAAGCAGAUCACUGAGAGAGCAUCAGUCUCUGUUAUAGAGCGACAUACGGCAGAGCUGCAAGAAGAUGCGGGGAGGAUGAGAGAGGAGGAGGAGGUCAAAGGUGAGAGGUCACCUGAAGAACGAAGGAGAACUCAUCGCUGUUACUUUAAUGGUUGCAGCAAGAUGUACACCAAGAGCUCCCAUCUGAAAGCACAUCAGCGCACACACACCGGUGAGAAGCCGUACAGGUGUUCAUGGGACGGCUGCGAGUGGAGCUUUGCUCGAAGCGAUGAACUGACGAGACACUUUAGAAAACACACAGGAGCAAAACCCUUCAAAUGCAGCCAAUGUGACAGAUGUUUCUCUCGUUCUGAUCAUCUCGCCCUGCACAUGAAACGACACAUCUGAACAAGAUUCAGAGAACAAAAGGAAAAAUCUAUUAUAUAUUUUAAAUUGGUAUGAUAAAACGCACCAUUUUAAAAAUGUCAAGUGGCAAGUGUGUGGACAGUUAUCAUUGCCAAUUUUGCACUAUUUUACUGAUAGAUUUUGGGUACAGACUCAUUAAAUCACCAAAACAAUACAUUCAUUUCAAUCAUUCAUCAAAAUCAAGUUCCAACGCUGCAAAAAAACUGCAUUUUAAAAACCAUGCAAGAGCUUCCAUGCUAUAAAGUGUGUAUAAAAUGACAUAAAACAAAUUAAAGCAGACAAACAAUAGGACAAAUAGAUGUUUUGUUAAGGUUUUAAUGACCUAAUGAAACUUCUUCCUUACCACACAGACAAAAUAUUUCUAUUCUGAGCAUCUUUGUGUGCAUGUGUGGUUUAUAAGAAUACAUUAUUGUCAUAUAUAUGCUAAUAUUGCUUAUUAUAAAAGCUUUAUUAACCACUAAAUCAACAGGUUUUGUUAGAGAUUUAUGUUUUGCUUUGUUGUUGACUGCACGUUGAUGCCUUAAAAGUUUAAUUUUAAUAAAAAAAAUUAUUUUGUCACUUUAAAGUAGUAUUAGUAACAAACUUUCUCAAAGAGAAAAUAAGGUUGUUCAUUAUAUUUUUAAAGAUAUGUUCUUUGUAUAUAAAGUAAAGUAGUUACCAGGACAAACAUUUUGUUUCUGAAAAAAAAUGUGUUUAAAAAACUGAUUUGGUCUUGAAUGCCUUAUAAAUUUCAUACAGGUAUUAGUCCUGUGAUGAAUCGAUGUUUUAACAAAGAUUUUGUUACUGUUCUCUGUUGUUUUUAUUUGUUUUACAGGAUAUUCUUUUCAGAAAUAAAUAGCAGUGUUAUUUUUUUAAGUAUAGAUUUAAAGCACAAUAUAAUGCUUUUUAUAAAACUUGAAA